UUAGACGCUUUUCUACGAAAUUAGUCAAGUGCAUUUUUCAAUAAAGCUAGGUCGUUGGAAUGUCAUAAUUUAUUUAAAUCGGACACGUUCGUCGCUGUUUAAAACAUGUGACUGUAGUGAUAUUAACAGUGAAACAGAAUUCUUGUAAAUUAUGACAGACCAGUGUGAGGAAAUAUAAAACAAAAAUGGAAGUGUCUGGCCGAAGGCCUGAAAAGUCAUUUACGGACACUGUAGGGAAGUCGUCUGCUGAAGAUGGUGAAGUCUUCUGUCAACCGUGUAGCAGUGACGGCGACUUGGUGCUUGCUAUCGGAUACUGUGAAAACUGCAACGAGUACCUGUGUUUUACGUGUUUGAAGGUUCAUCGUAAGCAAGCGAUAUCCAGAAAUCAUGACAUUCUGAAAGGAGAGAGCAUGCCAAAGGAAAAAUGUGUAUCUGUAACACUAAGUGCUUGUUCUGAGUUGUGUGCCAAACAUAAAAUGAGAUAGUAAAAUUCUAUUGCUCAACACAUGAUGUAGUUGGAUGCAGCGAUUGUAUGGUGCUAGAUCAUAAAACAUGUACAGUGGACGGUAUACAAGAUAUAUCAACAAGCUACUUCAAUGGCACUGAACAUCAAGAACUCCAACAGAAGGUAGACCAGUUCCUGAACAACAUAGAAAGAAUAAACAGAGAGAUAAAGACAAAUGGGGAAACAAUGCAACAAGCAUACAAGAAAGCAGAAGAUGAUAUAAAAGCAUUUAAGAAAGAAAUUACUGAUUAUCUAGAUAAGGCAGAGACGGACAUGUUGGCGGAAUUGAACAAAAGGAAACUGGGUGCCGAAAUGUUAAUAUCUGAUCUACAAGGGCAUGAAAAUACCAUGAAAGAUGAUAUCCAAGAAUUACAUGAGAAACUGCAACUACAGUUAAAUCAAGCGAACAAAUUAUUUGUAGCUGCGAAAGAAAUGAAAGAAAGAAUAACGCACAUAGGUGACAGCAUAAAGCAGUUGCAACAAGACUGCCAGUUCAAGCAGUGUGCGUUUGUUUGUUCUAAACACGUCAAAGAAAUGUUUGCAUCAAAGUUUAAGCUAGGUGAGCUGCUGGUAAAAAGGGCAGUGGAUAAGAUAAAUAUUGCAGAAAUGGAACCACACUUUAAUGGCGAAAUUGCAAUAAAAACACCAGAUGAUACUUCAGAUUGUUUCAUUAGUGCUGUCGCUCUUAUUUCAUCCAGCCGGAUAAUAUUAGCAGAUGAAGACAACAAAUGUUUGAAAAUUGUUGAUAUUGAAAACGGAAAAGUAUCAACAAAGUACAAAUUUAAAAGUGGCCCGACUGGAGUAGCAGUUGUUGCCCAUGGUUGCAUUGCUAUUACACUUCCUGACGAAAAGAAAAUACAGUUUCUGACAAUCACUCAGGAUGACAAAAUCACUAAAAGCUACGCUAUAGAAGUGAAAGACAGGUGUAGAAAAAUUGCUUAUCAGGAAGAUAAGAUAAUAGUUGCAUACAUUAAUCAUAUAGUAAUUAUGAGCAAGGAUGGACAAGAGAUAAAAUCUAUAUCCGAUUCAAAUCUGGCAUGGAUAAAUGACAUUGCUACUGACUCUAAGACUGUGUAUGUUUCUCGCGGUUUAUAUAGAAAUGGUGAAGUUUUCAAAUUUGAUUUUGGCGGAAAACUUAUUGGCAAAUACACGGACAAGAAACUUUCAGCCGCAACAGGACUCAAUGUAACGAGAGAUGGUUCAGUGCUUUUGUGUAACUGGGUAACUGCUGGUAGUGUCCAUGUGCUAUCACCAGAGUGCAAGAAACUCAAAGAAGUUUUGAAGCAUAAUGAUCAUGUUAUUAAUCCUUGGUGUGUUUCCUUUUGCUAUGAAACUAACAAACUUUUUCUUUGCAAUGCCAGAAUUACUCUUGAUCCAAAACUUAAGAAUGUCUUGAAAGUUUUUCAAUUACAAUAGAAGCAAAUUAAAUCAAUUUACAGGUUCACAUUUGAAUUGAAUUGAAUGUCGGUUUUAAACAAAUGCUUAUAUUUUGGUUUUAGCGUGAACAAAUUGAAAAAAGAAACAAUUUGAUCAGUGUCAUAUUUGAUAUAUAAACGUUCUGGUGAUAUAUAAAAGUGGUACACAUCUAGCGUGUUUCUAUUUUUAGAAAAUUUAAAUGUGAUUGACAAGAUUAUAGUCCGACCAAUUCGUAACAGAAAAUGCUAAAAUACUUCAGAAAAUGGGAAAAGCACCAAAUUUGGCACAGCUUUUUAUUAAAGCAUAAAAAACAUUUUUUUUCAUGGGACCCAUUUGAUAUCUGUCAAGAUGGCCGAUACAGCGGCCAUUUUACAAUAAGGCCGCCAAAACUCAAUAUUCAUCGUACAAGAUUCUAAUGAAAGGUCAUUAUAUUUACAUUCAUCCCCAAAAUGCACCAAAAUAUAAUGUAUUUGAUAAAAUAAAUCUUAGAUUUGAAUCAAAAGCAAAAAAUAACAAUUUAAAUGUUGUGAAUUUCUUUCUGUUUCCAUGGUUACGGCUAAAAUCUAGCCUUUAAAACUCAGUUUAAUAUUAUCAUAGCGAAAACAUUUUUUUUUCAUAUUUUUAUGUUUUACUAUAUGUAAUUUAUGCUAAUAUAUUACUUGUAUUCCCUCCACGACAGCAUAUUAAAACAGUGGUGUUAUUACCCCACCAGUUUUAGCCAGAGGGGGCUUAUGGGUUUCCCCCGUAUGCCUGUCAAUACGUCAGCCAUGCGAAGUGGGAUACUGCAAUAACUUUAAAACUACAACAGAUUUUUUCAUGAUACUUGGUACAUAGACAGAUGGCAAUGCGGAGAAUGCCAGCGUCAUUUAAAUGUGUUCCUAUGACAUCAAAUAUUGUUGCUAUGGCAACAAAUAGUUCACGAAAAUGACAAAAAGCGUCAUGUUGCAUUUCUUCAAAACUAAAAGAUUUUUUCUUGAAAAAAUGUACAUAGAUAGGAGGAAAAAUUGAAAACAUGCUUCAGCUGGUAUUUUAUUUUCUCAUUUUGUACAUCUUUUCAUCCGUCUGUAUGUCUGUCUAUCAUUCGCAAAUGGUGGAUUCUUCCGUAACUUCAAACUUGAAAGUACAAAUUCUAAAGACUUGUUUAUAGAUGGUAGGUAAUAUGGAGAAUGUGAAGGUCUAUUAACUUAGUUUCUAUACAAAAUUGUAGUUCCUUUGACACCAAAUACGACAACUACCCCUUUCGUUUUGGACUUAAAAUGCAAGAAUAGAUUAUAGCGACGGGCAAGUAGGAUCAAAUGAAACAACGUUCCUAAUAAUGCACCCGCUGUCACAAUAUCUGCAUAAUAAAUUUAUCACAUGAUUCUUGAUUAUUUAAUGCUAACUGUGUAACAAAGAAGUCUUAGGAAAGGGAUAGAAUACCGGACCCCGUAUGUGCCCAGCUUGAUAGGCAACCUUUUUUAGUACGUAUAAGAGGUGUAGCAGACGAUGCAGGAAUGCACACUAUAGCCCUACUCUUUGUGUGAACAGAUGGUUGAUCAGCUACUUGACAUGUUUUGUUGUAAAGAAGAGUAUCGAAAGACUCUAUCGUUGGCAUUUAAUCUAAGUUAGGCGCAAGUAAAGAAGAUAAAACAAGAUCUGAGAAUGAUGCUGUGAAAUCAAAGAAACUGAUCAAAAUUUCCAGAACAGAUUUUAUUGCCUCGCGCACAGAAAACCCAUGUCUUGUCACAAAUUAACCUGUGAAGACAAAGCCUCACUCAAAGCUUUCAAGAAAUACCCGGGAAAAAAAAUGCUCUCAUAUCUUCACAUUUCAUUAAAAAUCGAUGAAAAUGUUAUAACAUGUAAAAAGGUGGGAUUUUGUUGAUAUGUCAAAAUAAUAUUUUCUUUGGACAAUAAUAAUUGCUAGUCCCCAUGGCAAUGUUGUGUGACAUCAUCCGGCCCACUUCUGUCUAAUUUCCUAUACUGUAUUCUCUAAAACAUUAUUUGCCUAUUUUUCUCAGUCUGCAUUUUCUUAAAUCCGGUGAACUUUUAUGUGAAAUGUGUUAUGCCAAAAAAGUCAAAUUUUCAAUGUAGCAUAUUGUCUGAACAGAGGUCUGCAAUACAAUUUUUGUUAUGAUUCAAGAAGAGACAAGAGACAAAUGCUUUACCACAUAAGGGUUUAGUAGGGACUAAAUCUAAAGAAAACAAAAUUUUAUCAGUGAUAGUGACUAGGAGAGUAUCAUUGACGGCUAACAGUUCAAAUGUCAGAAAACAACGAUGUUCAGCAAUAUAUUGAAAAUUAAAGCCAUCCUUGAUAUGGAUCGAUGUAUCAUAGUUCAGGGUCCCAUUCCAUCUAUACCAUAGAAAUAUUAUAUGAACACUUUGUAUGUAGGAAGGUGUAGAAAAUGCAUUUAAAAACUUGAUUAACUGGUAAACACGAGUUGUACUGGUUAGUUUUGAUUGACAAGACAGCGUCAUUUUUACAUUGGACCGCUUAAUUUGUAGUGACAUAGCCUUAAAAAUGGUAAAUAAAUAACAUUUGUAGUCUUAAAACUAGUAUAAGUACUCACAUUCAAUAUGUCCUUAUCUAAUAUAUUUUAAUUUCAGCAAAAAUGUCCAGAAAUAGAUAUUAGAGCACAUUUUUUGGUAGAAAUUACGUAUUCUGCUCCUAAUUAAUACCCCCAUCACACUCAGCCACGUUUCCACUACGUCCUAAAAACUGCCAGGACGCAUUAAGAACUUGUAAAAUGUAGAAGGAACACAGUAGACAACGAUAAGAACGUGAUAUGGUAUCCAUGGGCGUGGAGGACGCGGUCGAACUUUGACAUGUUCAAAACCAACGUAGUGAGGAUGUGGUCGAAUCAGGACGCAGUAACAACUUAAUAAGGACGUAGUAACGACGUAACUAAAACAUAGGAGGACGUAGUACAAGGGUGGUGCGGAUGGGAAAGACUGCAUGGCGUUCUCAUUGCACUGUCACUGGGUUGUCAUUGCGUUCUUGCUACGUGAGUGGAGUUCUCACUACAACCUCUCCACGCUUGUGUGUUAUGACCAUGGUAGGUCUGUGCCACAUUUAUGAAUACAGCAUUAGGUUAUCAAUACGUUCUUUCGGUGCUUAACAUAUCUAUGUCACGUUUGCAGCAGGUUCUCACCGUGUCUAUUUCCGAUUCUGAGAAUUGAGUAUGAAUACUGGAUCCAAUUCCCAUCACGGCCUCUCUAUAAGACUGCUCUGAUUUCUUCGGCGGCCUUGUUGUUCAUUGCAUUUGAUUGUUGUUGAGUGUAGAGUGCGGACACAAUAUAACUUGCAGAAGGAAUGAAAAAGGGGUGCGUGGCGUAGUAUUUAUAAGUAGCCGACGAACACAGUGGAGCGUGAUAAGCGCAUGGUAAGCGCCUGGUAAGCGAGAGGUGCAAUCUGACUGGUCGUACUAAGAACGCAGUAAGAACGCAUUGGACGUAAAGAUGCGUGUGGUAAAAAAAAAUUAGUGGGAACGUGUUAGACGCAGUAAGAACCUGGCAAGGACGUUGUAAGGGCGCAGUAUGAACUUGAGAACUGCUCAUUUUUCGAGUUUGACCCCCGUCCCCACAGCGUUGAUCGAAAUUUUCAGGACGCAGUAUGGUAUUCAUGGUCUUUGUCUGAGAGUGAUGGGGGCAUUAGUGACUGUACAUUAUAUGCUAAUGACAUUAAACUAUAAAACUAGUGUUAUGGCACAAUGUACUACAGUUUAACAAAACAUAAUAUUACAGGAAAAUGCAAAUGUAAAUUUGAUUAGGCUGAUCAAACGGCAAUGACUUUUCCCGAAGGAAAUCAUGAUUGUCUGACAGGCCAGGGAUGUUCACAUGGUCUAUUGCACUAACAUACUUAAUAAAUUAUAUAGCUGCCAUUAGUUCUCUUAGUCUUACUAGAUUUAAAUGAACACAGCAACACUAACAAAUUCUGAGUCGCGAAACUAAUGACAAAGUGAAACACAUGUCAUUUAUUCACUUAUACACACUACAGUCUAACUUUGUUCGCUUGAACUCAGAUAAUUCAAACACCAUCCUUCACUUGAACCCAUCGUCAAGUCCCGACCAAAUUCAAUUACAAUAUAUUGUCCGAUCACUCAAACUACCGAUAACUCGAACACAUUGUGUCGGUCCCGACGGGUUCUAGUUAUCGAAGUUCGACUGUAAUUAUAAUAAUUUACAAUUGUUGUAAAGUUCUACAUAGAACUGUUGCCAUUUGAAACAUUUUUGAUAUGCCAGUUACCAUUGUAUACUUAAUUUUGACUCGCAUUAAUGCAUUCUGACUUUUCUUCUGCUUAAUAGCACAUUUUAUCCAAGGGAGACAACUUUUUUCAUUUUUGUUGGAAGUGCAGUAUUUUUGUUUAUAUAAUAUGUUUGACUUUAUUCAUACAGGUGAUUUUAGCUAAUUAUAGUGAUGACUGUUAGUGUCUAUAUAAGUUUUAUACAUAAUAUUAGGUAUUUCUUAAAAUAUAUACAUGCAUGGCGGCCAUCUUGGAUUUUUCAGCCAUAUUGGAUUUUUUGGGAGUGAGUCUCAUGCUCAUUUUUUGUAUUUUGCCCUAAAGUAGUUAUGUACCAAGUUUUAUGCUUUUCCCAUUUUCUGAAGUAUUUUUACACGAUUUAACUGGACUAUUAUGCCUGCUGCACAGUAAAUUGGCAAUUUAAAAAAUUGCAUUUUUGUAGAGGAACAUCUGUUUCAAGUUUUCUUAAAAUUGUAUUCAUUGUGUCUUAUUAGUAUUGUAUUCAAAUGCUUCUGUAAAACAAAUCACAUUGUCAACCAAAAAUAAUUUGAAAGCGAUUUUAUAGAUAAAAAUUGGCCUUUUUUCAUGUAAUGCGUUAACAUUGGAUUUUUAGCCUUUUCAAAAAUUGCUACAGUAUUUUUCAAAUAACAAAAGUUUGAUUUGAAUACCUUUAGUUUAAACAGAUAAUUGUAUUAUCUUUAAAAUGAUAUAUUACAUUGAUGACCACUAAAGUCGUUACAUUUUUUAUGAAUAUGUUAAUAAAAAGUGGCUCGUGUAACUGCACUAUUUUUAACAAAAAUGCAAAGUUUGAAUUAAACACAAAAUUUUACAUAUUCAAAA